AUGUACGCCAUCACUAUUCUCGUCCCCUUCCUUCUGGCCCUCGACGCCAUGUUCGCCGCCCCCUUUGGAGGAGCUAUCGGCAUUCUUAUGAUCUCUUGUCUUUCUGGUUAUGAUGACAGCGAUCCCUCUGCCAAUGUCCUCGCCCUUUCGGCAAACACUCUCACGGCCAUUUGCGUGAAGUACGGCUUCGGAGGAGGUGUUCUCCGGGAGAUCCACGGCAUCGCGCUCAUGUGCGCAUGCAAAGAUUCUUGGGGCGACACGUAUCCCAGCGCGAUUACCGUGGCAACGAUCAUGAUAAUGCAUAAGUUUCUCACCUGCGACAAGCAUAUGUUUUAUCUUGAUCUUGUCAUGAUGGUCUGCGCUGCAACCCCCUCUCUUCGUCGCAUCCCUCUUCAGGUCCUCUCCGUGGUUCUCACCCUAGCCUACCGCACAUAUUUACUCAUGCGCCAUUUCUUGGCUUCCGUUCUGCGCGUUACUGUGUCUAUCCUAAAGCUCCCUCUUACUCUCUGGCGUCAGUUAUGUCCAGUUCUAAGAAAGCCCAAGAUGGUUCACGCUAGCACGCAGACGGAAAUUCACAGCCAACCUCUACCUCUACCUCAAUUGGCCAUAACUGCGAUCAUGACUGUCACAGACGUGCCCCCUAUUACCCCUCCUGAGCCCCCCAUGCCUACACCCAUAGUCUAUUCUCACGAGUCCGUUCUGGAGAUCUUUCGAAAGGUCAAGCCGAGAAUUACAUUUCUUCGAAGAUCAUCGUUUAUUAGAGAAGAGGUUACGGGAACAGGGUUUGUCGAGGAGAUACUACAGGCUUCAGGUCAGACGAUCUCUUCACGUGAAUACCUUAGGAGUAAAUGGGCUCUUGCCAAGCAAUCUAGCAAGCCCAAGCCGACUGAAGGCACACCUAAGUCUAAAGAGCCCGUCAGCGACCAACCUAUUACCCAGCUGCCUAUUAUUGACCAGUCUGCUAUCGACCAGCCUGCCACCGACCAGCCUGCCAUUGACCAGUCCGCCAUCGACCAGUCCGCCAUCGAGAUGCCUGCCAUCGACCAGCCUGCCGUCGACCAGCCUGCCAUCGAGAUGCCUACCCCUGAGGAGUCUGCCCCUGAGUCUGCCCCGGAGAAGCUCAGUCAUGAGAUGCUUUCUAUCGAGACGCUUCCUACUCAAGUUUCUCCCUUUGAACAACCCGCCGGCGAGAAACCUCUAGAUACCCAGCCUGCUGUAGAGCAGCUGGUCAUUGAGCAAGCUGUUGCUGCUGAGGAACACAGUGCUGAAAGCUUCUCCACCGACGACCCUGCUACCGUCGAGCAGCCUCCCGCAGAGCAGCAAUCCAUUGUGGGGGCCAUUACUAGCGAACCUAUCUCCCAGUCUCCCGAAAUUCAGGAGAUGCCUCUCGCCGAGCAGCUUCUUGAGAUGCACUCCAAGGAGAUGCCCGCUAUUUCGGAGACUUUUAAGGAGGAACCUUCGGCCGAGCAAUAUGCAAUCGAACAGCUUGGCGAGAAUAUUACUGCGGAGGAACCUGCUACUGAACAGCCUUCACACGAUGAGCAACCAAGUGAUGAGAUGGCCGAAUGGGGACAGAUUAUGGACAACAUACUAGAAGAUAUGCUAGCCGAGAGUAAUCAGUUCAGCAGUGAGCAGAUUGUUACCCAUGAGCCUCAUAUCAUCCACGCGCCAGCAGAGUUCGAUUUCAAUAUACAAUUUCCGGAGAACCCUAUUGGCAUGGAACAAGCUGUCGAAAAUGGCCAUAUUUUCGACAGUGAACAACCUACUCUAACCCAACCCACCCCCGUGUUCACCUUUAACACCGAGCCGUCAACCGAAGCCGGACAAUCUGCCUCUACUUUUAACUUCGGCGCUGGAGAAUUUACACCCACAUUCUCUUUCGCCAAUGAGCAGCCCGCAGAAGUUGAACAGCCCGCCGCCAUCUUUAAUUUCGGUGCAGAACAGUUUAUUCAGCCCGAACAACAUACACCUAUACCCUCCUUCCUUAACGAGCAGCCAACUCAGGCUCCACAGCCAAUGCCUGUGCUGUCUUUCGGUAAUGAGCAGUUCACAGAAGCUGAACAGCCUACCUUUAGUUUUAAUUUCAGCAGUGGACAAUCCGCACCUGUCCCCCAUUUCGGCAACGAGCAGUCCACGGAAGCUGGACAGCCCACCUCUAUCUUCAACUUCGGUGGCGAACAAUCUACACCGACGUUUUCUUAUAGCAACGAGGAUCCUAUAGAACCCGAACAAUAUGCUUCAAUGUCCUGUUCCCACAAAGAAUUCACUCAUAUCGGACAACUUGCCUUCCCGAAGCCGCUCCAUAAUAGCUCACAGAAUACUGCUCAAGAAGCAGGCACCGAGGAACCUAACCCCCAGACUGAUGAUCAAAUUCAAGAGGAAAUGGAUGUCGAGACUGACGAAGUUGAUGCUGGUGAAAUCGCCGCUGCUGAAGCAGGUCCAGAGACAAUGGAGCAAGAAAUCGAGGAAGAUCCUCUUCUAAAACUGAUGGAAGAGACGCUGGAGGAAGAGCUGGUGCAGCUAGAAAAUACCAAUCUUGGGAGUGAUCAAAACGCUGAACAGGAGGAACCUAUGGGAGACGCACCAGAAAUCGAUAUCCAGGAAGAGCAAGAUAUUCCGGAUGAACUUAUGACGGAAGCUCCAUCCACAGAGAUUGGACCUACACACAACCAGUCUGUUCUUGAUACUCCUUCUGUCCCAAGUUAUACUCCGACUAACACCACCACAGCCAUACAUACACCCAUGCCUUUCUCCAUCACGAACCAUAGCCUACCCGACAUCACCUUUACCGAUACACCUACAUCCACUUUUAACCCUACCUACAAUAUAGGUAUUUCAAGCCAGACUACUAUCGUCCCGCCAAGCAACCCCAAUGCGGGAAACGAAGAACUGGUAUUUGAAACACCUGGGCCGAUAUUUGAAGCACCUAUGGUUGCUAGCGGUUCCGACAUGGAAGAUAUAUCUAUGGAAGAGGAUCCCUUCGUCGAGGCUUCUGUACAUAAGACGUCGCCUGUUCAACAGCAACCUCCAGCUCCAGCCUUCUCUACCAUUCCUACAGCUUGGCUACUUCCAUCAAAGCCGCGGGAGGUGGCCAAAUUAGACCUUAGCGUCCUCAAGAAGACUCUCAAGAGCAAUAUGGAAGAGCGCUCAAAAGAAAGCAUCAUGGGACGAGGCGGGAAGCAGAGGGCUUUCGACCAAGCAGCUGUGAAGGGGGCCCUCCUCCCUGACACCUACUACACGAUAGGUGACGAUGGCUUGCCUCAUAAGGAGACCGAUGGGCUUCCAUUUACAGAGUCGGAUGAUGAGCGUUUGAGUGUCAUGAUGGACACGUUAGACACAGCAAGCAAGCACAACCGAGACGAGCAGAACAAGAAGAAUCUUAUGGUCGCGGAGGCUGAGAAGAAGUUGAAGGAGGAGUGGCAAAAGAAGAAGAACGAUGCAGACUUCCAAUCACUAAUGAAAUUAAAGAAGCGACCUGCCAACCCGUUAAUCGCUCCGAAGAGACCGAAGAAGCCGGUGGAUAAAAAGUAG